AAGGAGACGGGAGGCAGAAAGAGAGGAAGAAAGGAAAAGAAAGAGAGGAAGAAGAGAAAAUGAGGAAACGGAAGAGAAGUGGUGAUAUAUAUAAGACUUAUACGGACCGAAAUCGGUCCGUAUAAUCCUCAUUGGCGCGCCGCACCAAAAAAUUUCAAUUUUUUCGAAAAAAUUUCAAUUUUUUUGGGAAAAUUUUUGGUGCAUUAAUCAUAUUCAGACCAAAAUCGGUCUGAAUAUAAAUAAAUUCGCGCAGAAUCAAUAAGAUUCAAAUUAACGGUAAAAAUUUGGCGUAUAAAUUAAUUACGGACCGAUUUCGGUCCAAAUAUAUUCGUAAAAAAUCUUCCAUUGCACAUUUUUAUUCUUUUCAUUUAAGGACAUUACCAUCUUCUCGUGUUCUAAAUCCAUUCCUGCGAAAACCAAUUGCAUGUAUAUCGACCCUACAGUCCCUUGGAAUCACAAAACCAUCGAUUGUCUAGCUGAAAUUAUCUUACGAUACUACGAAGACAUUACCAUCUUCUCGUGUUCUAAAUCCAUUCCUGCGAAAACCAAUUGCAUGUACAUCGACCCUACAAUCCCUUGGAACCACAAAACCAUCGAUUGUCUAGCUGAAAUUAUCUUACGAUACUACGGAGUAAUAUCGUUGCAAAACCACGAACGUAUAAGUUAAAGGUUAUUAGAGAUAAUGUUAUGUAAUGCUCUUUCAGAGCCAUAAGCAAAUAAAAUUAAUUAUUUUUA